AUGAAAGAGGUGCGCGACCGGCUAGGGGUGCGGAAGAUGCACACCACACCUCUCCACCCACAGAGCGACAGUCUGGAGUCCACUGGCUGCACCCCUGCCCUGCUCAUGUUCAGGUGCGAGGUGAGAACGCCAGUGGACUUAGCUUUCGGCAGCACGCCGGAGCCCGAGUCAACAUCUGAUCCCCAAAACUUUGAGCUGGAACAGGCAGCCACUGGGGAGCUCUCCUUCAUAUUCCUCCUCUCCGGAUCCAGCGGCUGCCCCUCUCACCAGCUGGCCACAUCUCUCAGCACCUACCACAACAACCACUCCUCCCACUACUUCAACCAUUGCAUCGACAACAACAACUGCUCUUCCCACUACUACAACCCAAGCAUCUCCCCCAACGACUGCCUCUCCAACUACUACAACCCAAGCAUCUACCACAACAACUUCUCCUCCAACUACUACAACCGCACCUACCACAACCACUCCUCCCACAACUUCAACGGAAGCAUCGACAACAACAACUGCUCUUCCCACUACUACAACCGUAGCAUCGACCACAACUCCUGCCUCUCCAACUACUACAACCGCACCUACCACAACCACUUCUCCCACUACUUCAACCGAAGCAUCAACUGCAACAACUGCUCUUCCAACUACUACGACCCAACCAUCUCCCCCAACGACUGCCUCUCCAACUACUACAACCCAAGCAUCUACCACAACAACUUCUCCUCCAACUACUACAACCCCUCUCCAACUACUACAACCGUAGCAUCGACAACAACAACUGCUCUUCCCACUACUACAACCCAACCAUCUCCCACAACUACUACAGCCUCUCCAACUCCCACAACCGAAGCAACUUCCAGAACAACUGCUCUUCCAACUACUACAACCCAACCAUCUCCCACAACGACUCCCUCUCCAACUACCACAACCGAAGCAUCAACCACAACAACGACUCCUCUCACUACAGCAACUGAGGCACCUACCACAACCACUCCUCCCACUACUUCAACCGAAGCAUCAACCACAACAACUGCUCUUCCCACUACUACUACCGAGGCAACUUCCACAACAACGACUGCCUCUCCAACUACUACAACCGUAGCAUCGACAACAACAACUGCUCUUCCCACUACUACAACCCAACCAUCUCCCACAACUACUACAGCCUCUCCAACUCCUACAACCCAAGCAUCUUCCACAACAACUUCUCCUCCAACUACUACAACCGUAGUAUCAACAACUACUCCUCUCACUACAACAACUGAAGCACCUACCACAACAACCACUCCUCCCACUACUUCAACCGAAGCAUCAACCACAACAACUGCUCUUCCCACAACUACAACCCAACCAUCUCCCACAACUACUACAGCCUCUCCAACUCCUACAACCCAAGGAUCUAACACAACAAUUUCUCCUCCAACUACUACAACUGUUGCAUCGACAACUACUCCUCUCACUACAAGAACUGAGGCACCUACCACAACCACUCCUCCCACUACUUCAACCGAAGCAUCAACUGCAACAACUGCUCUUCCCACUACUACAACCCAAGCAUCUCCCACAACUCCUGCCUCUCCAACUCCUACAACCCAAGCAUCUACAACAACAAGCACUCCUCCCACUACUACAACCGUAGCAUCGACAACAACAACUGCUCUUCCCACUACUACAACCCAACCAUCUCCCACAACGACUCCCUCUCCAACUACCACAACUGAAGCAUCAACCACAACAACUACUCCUCUCACUACAGCAACUGAGGCACCUACCACAACCACUCCUCCCACUACUUCAACCGAAGCAUCAACCACAACAACUGCUCUUCCCACUACUACAACCGAGGCAACUUCCACAACAACGACUGCCUCUCCAACCAUCGACAACAAGAACUGCUCUUCCCACCACUACAACCAACCAUCUCCGACAACUACUACAGCCUCUCCAACUCCUACAACCCAAGCAUCUAUCACAACAACUUCUCCUCCAACUACUACAACUGUUGCAUCGACAACUACUCCUCUCACUACAGCAACUGAGGCACCUACCACAACCACUCCUCCCACUACUUCAACCGAAGCAUCAACUGCAACAACUGCUCUUCCCACUACUACUACCGAGGCAACUUCCACAACAACGACUGCCUCUCCAACUACUACAACCCAAGCAUCUAACACAACAAUUUCUCCUCCAACUACUACAACUGUUGCAUCGACAACUACUCCUCUCACUACAAGAACUGAGGCACCUACCACAACCACUCCUCCCACUACUUCAACCGAAGCAUCAACUGCAACAACUGCUCUUCCAACGACUACGACCCAACCAUCUCCCACAACGACUGCUUCUCCAACUACUACAACCCAAGCAUCUACCACAACAACCACUCCUCCGACUACUUCAACGGUAGCAUCGACAACAACAACUGCUCUUCCCACUACUUCAACCUUAGCAUCGACCACAACUCCUGCCUCUCCAACUACUACAACCGUAACAUCGACAACAACUGCUCUUCCCACUACUACAACCGAGGCAACUUCCACAACAGCGACUGCCUCUCCAACUACCACAACCGUAACAUCGACAACAACAACUGUUCCUCCCACUACUACAACCCAAGCAUCUCCCACAACUCCUGCCUCUCCAACUCCUACAACCCAAGCAUCUACAACAACAAGCACUCCUCCCACUACUACAACCGUAGCAUCGACAACAACAACUGCUCUUCCCACUACUACAACCCAACCAUCUCCCACAACUACUACAGCCUCUCCAACUCCUACAACCCAAGCAUCUAACACAACAAUUUCUCCUCCAACUACUACAACUGUUGCAUCGACAACUACUCCUCUCACUACAAGAACUGAGGCACCUACCACAACCACUCCUCCCACUACUUCAACCAAAGCAUCAACUGCAACAACUGCUCUUCCAACGACUACGACCCAACCAUCUCCCACAACGACUGCCUCUCCAACUACUACAACCCAAGCAUCUACCACAAGAACCACUCCUCCGACUACUUCAACGGUAGCAUCGACAACAAGAACUGCUCUUCCCACCACUACAACUCAACCAUCUCCGACAACUACUACAGCCUCUCCAGCUCCUACAACCCAAGCAUCUAUCACAACAACUUCUCCUCCAACUACUACAACUGUUGCAUCGACAACUACUCCUCUCACUACAACAACUGAGGCACCUACCACAACCACUCCUCCCACUACUUCAACGGAAGCAUCGACAACAACAACUGCUCUUCCCACUACUACUACCGAGCGUUGCAUCGACAAACACAACUGGUCAUCCCACUACUACAACCCAACCAUCUCCCACAACUAUUGUCUCUCCAACUACUACAACCGUAACAUCGACAACAACAACUGCUUUUCCCACUUCUACAACCCAACCGUCUCCCACAACUACUACAGCCUCUCCAACAUCUACCACAACAACGACUGCCUCCCCAACUACUUCAACUGUAGCAUCGACAACUACUCCUCCCACUACUUCAACCGAAACAAGAACCACAACAACUACUCCUCCCACUACUUCAACCGAAAGAACAACCAGAACAGCUUCUCCUCCCACUACGUCAACCAAAACAACAAGCACAACAACUUCCUCUCCGACGACCACAACCGAAACAACAAUCACAACUUCUCCUCCCACUACUUCAUCCGAAAAUACAAUCACAGCAACUAUUCCUCCCACUACUUCAAUCGAAACAACAACAACUACUCCUCCCACUACUUCAACCGAAAGAACAACCAGAACAGCUUCUCCUCCCACUACAACCACCACAACAACUAUUCCUCCCACUACUUCAACCGAAACGACAACAGCUUCUCCUCCCACUACGUCAACCAAAACAACAAGCACAACUUCCUCUCUGACGACCACAACCAAAACAACAGUCACAACAACUACUCCUCCCACUACUUCAACCGAAACAUCAACCACAAGAGCUUCUCCUCCCAGUACUUCAACCGAAACAACAAUCACAACUACUACUCCUCCCACUACUUCAGCCGAAAGAACAACCAGAACAGCUUCUCCUCCCACUACGUCAACCAAAACAACAAGCACAACAACUUCCUCUCCGACGACCACAACCGAAACAACAAUCACAACAACUUCUCCUCCUACUACUUCAACCGAAAGAACAACCACAACAGCUUCUCCUCCCACUACGUCAACCAAAACAACAAGCACAACAACUUCCACUCCGACGACCACAACCGAAACAACAAUCACAACAAAUACUCCUCCCACUACUUCUCUGGUGACUACCACAACAGCUGUCCCUUCCUCUACUAUGACUACUACUAA